GAGAGAGAGAGACCCAACCAUAAGGAGAGAAGUGGGGAAUAAGACAACAACCGAAAAGGCAGAUAGUGAUACAUAAAAAUUAAGAGCAUGGCGUAUUAAGAGGAGGAAAAGCAGAGACAAAUCUGGAUUUCUCACCAGAAAGGGAACGAGAAUAAAAGCAUCAGCAUCGCUCAACCACUUAAGGACGUGGAUGAAAAAAGAGAGAGGGAAAGGGAAAAGAAAGGAGGAAAAUAAUCAGAUCACUUGUUUUUUUUCAUGGUCCGUGUGCGCACUUGCUGUUGGUGAGAGUGUACGUAUGUAUGUGUGCAUAUGGGAAGAGACUGCAUUGCUGUUCACUAGCAGAGGCAUCAGGAGAGAAACAAGCUGAAUCCCUCUUUUUUUCUUUCUCUCUCUCUCUGUUUCUGUAUUGCACUGUGCGGCAGGAGCAUGUUGGGUGGGUUGGGUACAGACGACAAGCUGAGCCAGCCAGAAGAGAUGGAUCUGUAAAGCUGGAAAUGGUGUCGGAUCUGGCCAGCGGCUGACUGUUAGCUGUGUUACCUGGGGUUUCUAGGUGGAGCCUGGUGGUGCUCAGCUGCCAGGGAGCGCUAAAGAGUGGCUGGGAGAGUGCCGGCGGUGGGGCCCUGUGUGGAGGGAGGGGGAAAGAACCCAAAACCUGGAGAAGGAGGGUUUUCUGCAUCUGUGUCAGCAGGGAAGUCACAUGGCUGGCAUAGGCCUUUUCCCAUGUGUGAGCUGCGGCUGUAGGAGAUUGGACUGGGAGUGACAGUGAACCACAGCUCCAGGAUAAUGGUCUGAAGAGGCUCCCGCUGCUCCGGCCUCACAGGAGGGACCCUACACUCUGGGGGCUAUUUUUCUUUUUCUUCUUUAAGUCAACCCAGGGGAUUUGUAUGUGUGUCUUCCUCCCCCUCACACCUCAUCAUCACCAACUCCGACCCCAACUGUGUUUUUUCUUUUUUUGAGAUUUGGGGGAUUUGCCAAAACCUAUUUCAUGCAUGUCCACUGGGGGCAGGUUCAACUUUGAUGAUGGGGGGUCAUACUGUGGCGGGUGGCAGGAAGGCAAAGCCCACGGCCAUGGCAUCUGCACUGGGCCGAAGGGCCAAGGCGAGUACUCAGGGUCCUGGAGCCAUGGUUUUGAGGUGGUGGGGGUGUACACCUGGCCCAGUGGGAACACCUACCAGGGCACCUGGGCGCAGGGCAAGCGCCAUGGGAUUGGGGUUGAGAACAAGGGCAAGUGGGUGUACAAGGGGGAGUGGACAAGUGGAUUUAAGGGACGCUACGGCCUCAGGGAGAGCACCGGCACCAGCGGGAAGUACGAGGGAACCUGGAACAACGGUCUUCAGGACGGAUACGGUACGGAGACCUACUCUGAUGGAGGUACGUACCAGGGCCAGUGGCUGGGGGGGAUGCGACAGGGAUACGGCCUGCGGCAGAGUGUGCCGUACGGCAUGGCAGCCGUCAUCCGCUCUCCGCUGCGUACCUCCAUAAACUCCUUGCGCUCGGAGCACAGUAACGGGAUGGCUCUGCUCCCGGACCGGGCCGGCGUGGCGUGCGUGGGUGGGAUGGGCUCUGCUGGCAGUCCGGCCGUGUCGCGGGGGGGCUUCGUGCUCACGGCACCCAGCGAGGCAGAGCUGCUGAAGGGCAAGAAGAAGGGUCUGUUCCGAGGUCGCUCGAUCCUCAGUGGACUCAAACUGAGGAAGUCCGAGUCCAGGAGCUCUCUAGCCAGCCAGCGCUCCAAGCAGAGCUCGUUCCGCAGCGAGGCGGGCAUGAGCACGGUCAGCUCAGUCAACUCCACCAUCAGCCUGGGAGAAGGCGAGGCCGAACUGGCCGCUGCCGAGGAUGAUGUGGACGCCACGGCAACAGAGACCUACUGCGGUGAGUGGAAGAACGACAAGCGCACAGGCUUUGGCGUGAGCCGGCGCUCGGACGGCCUGCACUAUGAGGGGGAGUGGGUGGGAAACAAGCGGCACGGGUACGGCUGCACUACCUUCCCUGACGGGACCAAGGAGGAGGGCAAGUACAAGCAGAAUGUCCUGGUGAGCGGCAAGAGAAAGAACCUGAUCCCCCUCAGAGCCAGUAAGAUCAGAGAGAAGGUGGACCGGGCUGUGGACGCGGCCGAGAAGGCUGCAGACAUCGCCAAGCAGAAGGCUGAGAUCGCCAUGUCCAGGACAGCCCAUGCACGAGGGAAGGCAGAGGCGGCCAUGGGAGCAGCCCAGAAGGCCCAGGAAGAGUGUCGCCUCGCCAGGAUCACGGCCAAAGAGUUCUCCCCCUCCUUCCAGCACCGCAAAAACGAGGUCCAAAGGCCAAAACAUCAGAACUCCAGUGAGAACGACAUUGAGGUGGUCUCCAGUGGCACAGGGCCAGACAGUCCUGAACUCUACAUGAAGGGCACUACACCCCCAAACUUGACCCCUGACCUUAGCCCUGAGGCCAGCCACCCCUCCUCGCCCCCCUGCAGCCCUACCACCACCAAACCACACUGCACCAAGAACGCUCGCUUCCUGCGGCAGAGUGCUGUGGACGAUGCUGGGUGUGGUGGCGGUGGGGGAGGGGGCAGUAGUGGGCAGGAGAUCCAGGUGCUGAUGGAGGGGCGCGGAGGGGGGGAGUACCUUAGGGCCAACAGCUGGAGCGAGGACAAGGACAAGCACUCUUAUAAAGGGGGCAGCAGGGGGGGCAGCUGGGGCAGAAAUCUCUCUACCACCCCCUCUGUCCAAGAGGAAGCCAGGGGCAGCGGGCGCACAAAUGGCCACGGCCACAAGCACGCCUCCUCCAAUCACAAGUCUCGAGAGCAUGGUUCGUCCAAUCACAAGGCCUCCAGGGACCGGUGGUCGGACUGCCCAUCAGCAUCGUGGAGGUCCCAGCGGACGCACAGCAGUGACACACGACUGCUGGAGCAGGAUGAGGAGAAGCUGAGCAACUACGAGAUGGAGAUGAGGCCACUGCAGCCGAUGGACUCCAACUCCCAGAAGCCCUAUGGGCUGGGAGAGGAGGGCCAUGGUCACGGGGGCGAAGCCCACUCCCACACGCUGCAGAGACAGCGGCCUAGUAAGAGCCGGGAGGCCAGGGAGGGCCGAGACAUGGAGGCGGCACGGCCUUCAGGGGCGCGGGAGGGUAAAGAGGGCAAGGAGGGACCGGCCCCAGACUCAAUGCAAAAGAUAGACAGUCUGCGCAAGGAGGACAAGCUGGAGGCUAGGCCUCUGCGCAGGGAUCUCACCCUCUCCCCCCCACAGAAAUCCUCACCCAUUGCACUAGAACACGACGAUGACAAGAAACUGACCCAGCUCAAAGCAAACUCGAGCUCCAGCUCAAUUCUGGUCGUCAUGGUGAUUUUGCUCAACAUUGGAGUCGCAAUUUUGUUUAUCCACUUUUUUAUUUAAACAUGUAUUGCCUAUUGAUUCCUUUUAUGAUUAUACAUUAUUAUGAGUAUUAUCAUGACUAUCAGUAACCAGACCUUGACCAUUUGACACUUCUGUAAAGAAUAUAGUAAGAGGAUAAACAAUAUGGGGAUACAGAUGGUUCCCAAUGCCCAGAUUUCAGAUAAGCAGUUAUCUGCAAAACAUCUGCAAAACAUUUUGGAUUUCUCUCCCUGAAAUUACCUGUUCUUCUUCUUAAAUCAUAGUUUAAAAAAGUAUAAUUAAAAUAAUUAAUUUGCUCACAUAUGACAUGUUAAUAUAUAUUAUUUUGUAUUCCUUAAUUGCCUUUUCUCUCUGUUGAUAUUGCUGAUGUUCUUUUGAUUGAGUUUGUUUCUGGUGGUAGACUCAGAUGAGUGGUGGCACUGCCUGUAUGAUGGUGAAGUGGGUCAAAUGAGGCAGAAGAUAAUGUAUCUACUCUGGUUGUGACUGUGUCCACCUGACCUGGGUUCAAAUACUAUUUAAUAAUAUUUUUAAAUACUGUAUCUGUGCUUGAUUGAGCUUACCUGUUGCAGUGGAAACAAUAGAAAAGUCCCAAAAGUGCAAAACCAUGCCUACCUGCCAGUCGAGGCAGGCCCAAGCAAAUGCUGAAAGUAUUUGAAAGAUUUCAAGUAGUAUUUGAACACAGGUGUUGUCCACCCAGUAAUACAAGGUUCAAAGGGAUGGGAAACGGCCCCCUGUCCCCUGUCCCCUGUCCCCUGUCCUACCCAGUGCCCUCCGAACCCACCCCAUCCUCUACCCCUGCACAUAUCACCCUUCUGGCACGUUGUUCCCCUUCACGAUUAUAAGUUCAGCCUCUCACCACCCAUCCUUCCCCUUCCCGGUAGUCCACUCAUGACAUCACACAUAUCUUGUUACCCUCUUUUCCUUGUUUCAUGUAACUCUCCUUUUAUUUUAUACCCCACCGUGCUCCCCAAAUCCUAACAACCAACCAUUUCCACCAAGACUUCAUUUUGUUUCUUUCUUUCAUGAAAAUAUGAUUAAAUAAAAAUAGGGCUGCAAAACAACUUUUGCAACUACAGAAUCUGGUCAGCAACAGGACAUGUUUACAAUCUGAAAAACCAGGAUGACCAAUACAAAUUUGCCUCUAACAACUAUAACACCAUACCUAUCUAUGUUAGUAAACCGUUUGUAAAUUUAGAAACUUGGGUUACCAAGAUUGAAACAUGCGCUAGGAACUACUCUUUAUCAAGCCUAAUCCGUCCGCAAACGGAGUAGGAAUACUUCUGUCUGAAAGGACUUCAUCCAGGUCUCUAAUGUAAAAGAUUCUCUCUAUAGUCGACAACAAAAGUCUCUAAUGUAAAAGAUUCUCUCUAUAGUCUACAACAAAAGUCUCUAAUGUAAAAGAUUCUCUCUAUAGUCUACAACAAAAGUCUCUAAUGUAAAAGAUUCUCUCUGUAGUCUACAACAAAAGUCUCUAAUGUAAAAGAUUCUCUCUAUAGUCUACAACAAAAGUCUCUAAUGUUAAAGAUUCUCUCUAUAGUCUACAACAAAAGUCUCUAAUGUAAAAGAUUCUCUCUGUAGUCUACAACAAAAGUCUCUAAUGUAAAAGAUUCUCUCUGUAGUCUACAACAAAAGUCUCUAAUGUUAAAGAUUCUCUCUAUAGUCUACAACAAAAGGAAUCUUGAUCAUGAUCAUUGAUCAUGAUCUAAAGGAAAGAACUCUCAAACACACACACACACUGUACAAUUCCAUGUACACAACAGGUACAAUACUCAUGCACGUCUGUCCAGUGGAGUUAUUACACGCUAGAUUUGUAUAAAAUAUUGACAUUCCAACCAACUUCAUCAGUAUCUCUCUGGUCUUUAAUGUACAGGUUGAACUCCAUAUGAGGACUAUAAGGGCAUGACAUUCUGUCAGUUGUCAUCUAACUGCCCCUUUGGCCCCAACAGAGUCUCUCUCUCUUUCUCUUUCUCAUUACAGUAUAAUGACUAAAGGUUUCUACCCAAACCUCACCCCACACACCUGGUCUGGAGCCACUGGCUCCCCGUACAGUGAGAGACGGGUGUGCCCAAGUACAAGUUCAGAGACUGUUACGUUUCAAACUGCUGCUUUCAAAACAACGAUUUCCCAAGACAGAAAAAAAUCAUCAACAUGUUUAGCUAUUUGCAAGACGUCUGAAAAAACGCCAACUGCCUUGUUUUAUAAAGUAAGAAAAAAAAUAUAUUCUAAAAUGCAUGGUCAAGUAUGUUUUAGAUUUGUAUACAUUUUUUUUGAAUAAAAAAACAAAAGAAAAUAAAAACAUUUUAAAAUGUCA